AUGGUGGUAUUUGAACAGGCUAGUGCUCCCCCAUUUGUUGAAAAAGUGUUUAGUGGCGAAUAUAGGUGGCCAAUGGAAGUGAGCUAUGAUCAGCUUAUAAACUCUAUAAUUUCUGGAGUAAACGGAUCACUCCAAGUUGGUGGUCGUAUUGCCUCUCUCCCGUUACAUUCAGUGGCCGUCAAAAUUUUAAAAUGGAAUGUUCCACUCGAGGCUAAGUCGGCAACACCUUUACUUCAACUCACUAGGAUGGCCAUAAAAAAAGCACUUGCAUCGUUACCAGAGAAAGCGUUUACAAUUUUGGAACCGAUAAUGAAAGUCUCGGUGUUUGUAAAUGAUCAGGAUCUGGGUGUAGUGACGCAGGAUCUCAUGAGUGCUAGAAAUGCACAGAUCAAUGAUAUUGAAGAGCAGGAUCAUUCAUAUACAGGAGAGGAAGCCCUUUGGGCACGUGAGGAAGCGGAGAAAACAUACGUUCCAUUCGAUUCUACAAUGAGGUACGUACAGUCCGGACAAUCCGGUGGAAAGAAAGUAAUUCGUGCAGAAGCACCAUUGAGAGAGAUGAUUGGUUAUUUACCCAAACUCAGGUCGCUUACCAAGGGAAGGGGGAUUUAUGACAUGGAGUAUAAGGGGAUGGAAAGAACAACAUUAGACAGGACGAGAACAAUAUUGGAAGAUGAUGAAGAGUAG